AUGAGUAAAAGAUUGAGAAAAAACUCAAGAAAAUCUGAUGGCUAUAUUCCAGAAAAUCAAGAAAAAGCUUAUGAACAUUCGCUUGAAACAGAAACAGAUGCUGAAAAAAUUAUUGAAAUAAAUCCCAAAGAAAUAAUUGAAGUAAAUCAAGAAAUUGACUUUGAAGCCUUUAACCAACAAAUUUUAAAAAUGAUUAAUAAUCUAAAAAGCGACUUUAAGUCAACAGAAUAUUAUUGGUACUGGAUCGAUAAAUUUGUUUCUGGGCAUAAAUUUUUGGAAACAAUUUCACAAUUAAAAAAUGGAUUGGAAGAAUAUGAUAUCUCUCUAUCUACAAAUAUAAUAAUAUCUCGCAUUAGAAGAAAUAAAAUUCCACACAUUAGAAGAACCGAAAUUCCAAAUAUUACUUUAUCUAGAAUUGAUUAUAACAAUUAUAGACAAAAAUUUCCAAGUUCUUUAAAACAAAGUGUUUCCUUUUCCAAUCAAUUAAAUCUUCAUGAACAAUUAAGGAUCAUUAAAGACAGAAAUGAUUUUACAAACGAAUUUUUUACAGCUGCAAAAAUUUAUACUAAUAAUCAAUCCAAAAAGAUAAUAAACUCCAACUAUAAUGCUUGUCAAAUUACUAUCGAAGUUGAUAGUGAUUCUUCAUUGACUGACACCUCAGAUUCUGACUCGGAACCUUACACAACUGACGAUGAACUUAUUUUACAACAAUCCAGUUUAUUAAAUGAUGAUGAAUGGUUAAUUAAUAACAAUGAUGAUAAACAGUUAAUUAAUAAUAAAGUUCUUAAAGUUCAAACAGAAUUCAAGAAUAUCUAA